CUGAACGAGGAUAAACUAUUGCUGGAGAAGACGGUGAAGCGACUGCAGUCGUCAGAAGAAGACUGGAGAUGUAGAGUCGAGGAGGCAGGCACGCAACUGUCAGCUCAGCAGCAGGAACACGAGGAGAAGACAAAGACCCUUGUGGCUCAGCUGGCAGAGACAGAGAGGGCGGCCAGGCUUGCUGAAAAACAGAGAGAUGAGGAGGAGAGGGAGAAGAGGGAGAGGGAGGAGGAGAAAGAGAGGGAGGAGGAGGAAAGGAUUGGUGAGCUUGAGAGACAGAUUGAAGUCCUGAAAGAGGGUCUGGAGAGUUCAAAGAAAGAGGUGGAGAGGGUGAAGGAGGAGGCCUGUGAGGCCAGGGAGGAAGUAAAGAGGGAGAAAAAUGAGAAGGAGGGACUGGAAAUGGAGUUAAAUCAACUGAGAACAGAAAUAUCGGUGAGAGAGGAGGAAGAGAGAGGGGGAGAAGAGACGGAGAGGGGGCGAGAAGAAAGGGAGACUGAAGCUGCAGCAAGUCUGGUGGCAGAACUGGAACGAAAGAUUGGAAGUCUGGAGUAUAGACUGGAGACUGUCGUGGGAGAGAAGGACGAGCUGCAGAGGGCAGCUGAGGCUAUGGAGAGCGAGAGAGAGACUCUCGGUUCUCAACUGGAGUCACUGCGAGGCCAGUUGGAGGAGAGGGGGAGGGAGGCGGGAGAUUUGGAAAGGAGGUUGAUGGAGAGUAGUGUGAGAAUAGAGGAGUUUGAGAAGGAACGGAGUGUUUUGCAGACCGGGGCUGAGGAGGAGGUGAGGACGAGGAGAGGGCAAGAGAGGAGCUGGAGAGACUGA